AUGGACACAUCGCCAACCAAGAGCCAGCCGCCGCCGGGGCCAUCGCACCGGCGCACCCCGAGCGGCUCAAGCGGCUCGAGCGUGCUCUCGCGCAUGCCGUUCCCACGCCUUGGCUCCGGUCCCGAUCACGGCUUGCCGCGGCAGGAUGGCGACUACGAAGCCGGCCACGAUGCCGACCAGGCGAUGCAGAAUCUAGACUACGGCGGUGCGGCACAGCAUCAGCCCCUACGACACCAUUCCUACCAGAUGCCAAUUCAGUCGGGCUCGCAUACAACCUCCCUCGAGGAGCAGCAGCAGCAGCAACAGCAGCAGGACUCAGGAAAGACACGGCGACGACGCGGCUCGCUGCGAAAGGUAGCGCUUCUUGGACGCGGUGGCAAUACCCAGCCCGAACGACGAGCGCCACCCCUAAAGCCUGUACCUUCGAGCGCCGUGUCGGCAGCGACGGCGGCGGCCUCGUCAAAGACGGCCUCUUCGGUACCGUCUCCCAGUUCAGGGGCUACCGACGGCAGCAGUGUUAGUGGUGGCAGCAGCGGUUAUGGCAUUGUCGGAGGGCCUGUCGGAGGUGGCAACAGUGUGGGCGGCGGCGCAAAUCUCAGCGGCAGCAGUGGGCUGGGCAUCUCAGACAUCACGCCUCGACCGUCGAUGGAGGGCUAUGCGAGCCGAGCCGCAUCAGCGGCCGUGGCGGCCGCCCUGUUGAGCCCGACGCCCAAGUCGGCAAAGCAGACAUCCAAGCUCCUGCCACGGACCUCCAUCGACGGCAUCGAGGACCAUGGCACCCUUGGCUCGCCCUCCUCUGCCGUGUCUGGAGGAGGCAGCGUCCGGCGCCACGAUCGGCGGCGCAGCAGCAGCAGCACAAUCUCCUCACCGCUGACAAGCCGGCCGCCAAAAGUGCCACCCACCGUGCCGUCCGUUCCGUACUCGACGACCGACGAUGAAGAUGCCCUGCACAUGGCCCCUAAAAGUGGCCCUACGAGCAGCGGCGGCAGCAACACCACCAACACUGGCUUUUCGGCUACAAAUGUUUCAGGAGGCACCGGAGUGGGUGCGACAGCGGCCACCGCAGCAGCAGUCGCUGCAACCUCUAUACUACGGCGGGCGAGCGGCGAGGGCGGUAUGAAUGGCGACAAUCCUGCGUCGACAGGGCGUCUCCUAUUCCCAGCAACGCCCUCGUUCCAACGACGCCGCGGCGGGAGUGGCGCAGGGGCACAGCUGCUGCAACAGCAACCGGGACAGCAAACAGCAGGGCAGCAGCCGGUGCAGGCGCCGCUGCAGAAGCCAUCACUGCACCAACGGAAGCUCUCACAGUCGCAUCAGCAGCAACAACAACAGCAGCAGCAGCAGCAGCAGCAACUACAAUCACAGCAGCACCCGCAGCAGCCGCCACCGCUGUCACACCCCUCACAUUUACAAGAACAGCCGCCGGCACAACACCAUCAACACCAACACCAACUCCAACACCAACAGCAUCAUCAGCAGCAGUACACGCACAGCCUGCUGCAGCAGCCGUCGCCGCUGCACCACCAGCAGCUCGUCCAGCAACCGCCGCCGCCCAAGCAGCGCGCCAAGUCGCCUCUUGCUCUGACGGACCUGGCCAACACGACACUGCAGCAGCCGUCGUCGUCGUCGGCCGCGACCACUGCCGAGGUGGGUGUGGGCCCCGGCGUGGGCGUCGGAGUCGGGGUCGGGGUCGGUGUUGGUGUUGUCGGCGUCAACGUGGCCGUCAACGUGGGCGGCGACCCGGACUGGGACUAUGCCGAGACGGCCUGGUGGGGCUGGGUUAUGCUGAUUGUGACGUGGGUGGUCUUUGUGACGGGCAUGGGCUCGUGCCUGGGCGUGUGGAGUUGGGCCUGGGACGUGGGCAAGACGCCGUAUGCGCCGCCGGAGCUCGAGGACGACCCGACGCUGCCGAUUGUAGGCUACUACCCGGCGCUGCUGAUUCUGACGUGCGUCAUGGCCUGGGUGUGGGUGGUGGUGGCCUGGAUUGGCAUGAAGUACUUCCGACACGCCAAGAUCAGCGGUGACUGA